GGAUCUGUGGGUUUCCAGAAUGGCUCGCUUCGCAGAAGAUCUACCCACCCGCUAUGGAGCUGGAGGAGGAGGCAGAGGUGCGCCGGGCGCAGGCAGAGGGGGCGCCCGACCAGGUGGUCCUCCAGGCGGCCAAAGGAUGUACAAGCAGUCGAUGGCUCAGAGAGCCAGGACAAUGGCCAUAUACAACCCUAACCCAGUCAAACAGAACUGCUUCACUGUCAACCGAUCCUUGUUCAUCUUUCGAGAGGACAAUCUCAUUAGGAAAUAUGCUAAGCGAAUAACCGAAUGGCCUCCCUUUGAGUACUUAAUCCUGGCCACCAUCAUCGCCAACUGCAUCGUACUGGCCCUGGAGCAGCACCUACCAGCCAACGACAAGACACCUAUGUCAGAACGCCUGGAUGACACAGAGCCCUACUUUAUUGGAAUAUUCUGUUUCGAGGGCGGCAUUAAGAUCAUCGCCUUGGGCUUUGCAUUCCACAAAGGCUCGUACCUCCGCAACGGCUGGAACGUAAUGGACUUUGUGGUCGUCCUCACUGGGAUCCUGGCUACGGUGGGCUCAGACUUUGACCUGAGGACUCUGCGGGCGGUGAGAGUACUCAGACCUCUCAAACUGGUGUCUGGCAUCCCCAGUCUUCAGGUGGUAUUGAAGUCUAUCAUGAAGGCCAUGGUGCCUCUGCUCCAGAUAGGCAUGCUGCUCUUCUUCGCCAUACUCAUGUUUGCCAUCAUCGGAGUGGAGUUCUACAUGGGCAAGUUCCACUCCACUUGCUUCACUAUCGACACUGGUGAGCGUGCGGCAGCCUUCCCCUGUGGCACGGAGGCCCCAUCCAGGAUGUGUCCUAACGGUACAGAGUGUACCGAGUACUGGAUCGGCCCCAACUACGGCAUCACCAACUUUGACAACAUCCUGUUCGCCGUGCUCACCGUCUUCCAGUGCAUCACCAUGGAGGGAUGGGUGGACAUCCUCUACAACGCCAAUGAUGCCUCGGGGAACACCUGGAACUGGCUCUACUUCAUCCCCCUCAUCAUCAUCGGAUCCUUCUUCAUGCUCAACCUGGUCCUGGGUGUCUUAUCAGGGGAGUUUGCCAAAGAGAGAGAGCGUGUGGAGAAGAGGCAGGACUUUCUGAAGCUGAGGAGACAGCAGCAGAUAGAGAGAGAGCUGACGGGGUACCUGGAGUGGAUAUGCAAGGCAGAGGAGGUGCUGCUGGCGGAGGAGGAUGAGAACGCGGAGGAGAAGUCCCCUCUGGACGGUGCGUGGUACAAGAGGAAACAGAACCUCCCAGUGUUGAAGCGAGGCAAGGUCAAGAAGAGUAAGAAUGAGCUGAUCGGUGCUGAGGAGGGAGACGAUCACUUCACUGACAUGUCCUCUGUUGUUCCCCCGGGCUCACCGUUUGGCCGGGCCAGCGUGAAGAGCAUGAAGCUGGACAGCUCAUCCUACUUCCGCCGCAAGGAGAGGAGGAUGCGUUUCUUCAUCCGUCGCAUGGUCAAAGCCCAGAGCUUCUACUGGACAGUCCUUUGCCUGGUGGGGCUCAACACACUGUGUGUGGCCAUCGUUCACUAUGACCAACCCGAGUGGCUCACCACUGCCCUGUACCUGGCAGAGUUUGUGUUCCUGGGUCUGUUUCUGUCUGAGAUGAGCCUGAAGAUGUACGGCCUGGGAGCCAGGAACUACUUCCAUUCCUCUUUCAACUGCUUCGACUUUGGUGUGAUAAUAGGGAGUAUACUUGAGGUGGUGUGGUCGAUGAUCAAACCAGGGGCAUCCUAUGGCAUUAGUGUACUGAGGGCUCUUCGUCUGCUCAGGUUGUUCAAGUUUACCAAAUACACUUCUUCUAAAUGCAAUCUGUACAUUGCAAGUCUAUCUAGUAAUACAUUUAUAAUAACUCGUCUCUUCUACCUGGCCUCGUUCUCUGUGUGCUUUGACUCGAUGUGUUUCAUUGUUCUUUCUCCGAGGUUUAAUUUCGAAGAGGAGACGCCGACGACCAACUUUGAUACCUUCCCGGCGGCCAUUCUCACCGUCUUCCAGAUUCUGACUGGCGAGGAUUGGAAUGCAGUAAUGUAUCAUGGCAUUGAGUCUCAGGGGGGCGUGCGGCGGGGAAUGUUCUCCUCUGUCUACUUCAUCGUCCUCACACUCUUUGGAAACUACACUCUCCUGAACGUCUUCUUGGCUAUCGCCGUCGACAACCUCGCCAAUGCACAGGAGCUCACCAAGGAUGAGGAGAAGCAGGAGGAAGAAGCCAAUAAGAAGCUGGCCCUGCAGAAGGCCAUGGAGGUGAAGGAGGUCAGCCCCGUGUCAGCAGCUAACAUCUCCAUCGCUGUUUUUGUAAAGCAAAAUCGAGAUGUACUCUCUCGCAGCUCGUCCGUCUCCAGCGUACAUUCACCUAAGGAGCAGCAGAGAACCAAUAAGAUGAUGUCAGUGUGGGAGCAGCGCACCAACCAGCUGCGUCAAAACAACUUGAGGGCCAGCUCAGAGGCUCUGUUCAACGAGCUGGACCCAGAGGAACGCCUGCGUGUCUCCUCCGCCCUCCGCCUGCGCCCCGAUAUGAAGACCCACAACGACCGCCCUCUAGUGGUGGAGCCAGGCAAUGGGGACAAACCACGACCCCCCAAGGAGGACAGAGAUGGAGCAGACCCCCAGCAAGAGGGAGGAGACCCCUACGGCCCACAACUCCGCAAGCACCACCGUCACCGGGAGAGGAAUGGGGAGAACGGGGAGAGCAGGCAUCACACCCACCACAGCCGCAGUAGGGACCACUACCACCCAGACGGGCCCCGGCCCAAAGAAGGAAAGGUGGAGAGGAGCCAUAGUCGAGAGGGGGGCCAGGGCCACAGGCACCAUCACCAGGCUGGAUCCCCGGAAGAAGGGGUGAACGGAGGGGGGGAGGAGAGGGAGCACCGCCACCACCACUCCCACAGACAGCCCCGAGAGGGGAACGGGGCCCUGGCUAACGGGGCCAGAGUGGAGAGGAAGGGCCGGGGUCACAAGGAGGGGAACGGAGAGGGGAACGGAGAGAGGAGGAGAUACCGCUCCCGCAUGGUCAGGGCCCAGUCAACUCUGGAUGGAGAGGAGUGCAGAGAGAAUGGAAAGAGAGAUGGAGACUGGGACCAGGGACACAGAGCUUCACUGGACGCUCAAGGGGAGAGCCUGGCCACCAGCCCUGUGCAGCCUCCUGCAGGUCUGCAGGCCGGAGAGAAGCAAGAGGAUGCAGACAACCAGAAGAACAGCCACAGAGCCAGCCAGGCAGGCCUCAACAGCAACACUGUCCACAUCCCUGUCACCAUCACCGCCCCGCCCAGAGAGACUACCAUCAUACCCAUGAAUAACAUAGACUGUGAGAGCCUCCCCCUGAACGAGGAGAAGAAGAACUUAGAGGAGGAUGAGGAGGAGCUGAAGAACGGCCCCAAGCACAUUCUACCCUACAGCUCCAUGUUUGUGUUCGGGCAGACCAACCCCGUGCGUCGGCUGUGCCACUACGUGGUGAACCUGCGUUACUUUGAGAUGUGUAUCCUGUCGGUCAUCACCAUGAGCAGCAUAGCCCUGGCUGCUGAAGACCCUGUGCAGGCCAAUGCACCGCGCAAUAACGUGCUCAAAUACCUGGACUACGUCUUCACGGGAGUGUUCACCUUUGAGAUGGUGAUUAAGAUGAUAGACCUGGGACUACUCCUCCAUCCUGGUUCUUACUUCCGCGACCUGUGGAACAUCCUGGACUUUAUCGUGGUCAGUGGAGCUCUGGUGGCGUUCGCCUGCUCGAGCUUCAUGGGAUCGCAACAAAGCGUGGCCAGAGGAACUAAAGGCAAGGACAUCAACACCAUCAAGUCCCUCAGGGUGCUGCGAGUCCUGAGGCCCCUGAAGACCAUUAAACGACUGCCCAAGCUCAAGGCCGUGUUUGACUGCGUGGUCAACUCCCUGAAGAACGUGCUCAACAUCCUCAUUGUCUACAUGCUCUUCAUGUUCAUCUUUGCUGUGAUCGCUGUGCAGCUGUUCAAGGGCAAGUUCUUCUACUGCACUGACGAGUCUAAAAGUCUGGAGAAGGACUGCAGGGGUAAGUUUCUGGACUAUGACCGUGAUGACGUGGCGGCCCAGGAUCGUGAGUGGAGAAAGUACGAAUUCCAUUAUGAUAACGUGCUGUGGGCCUUCCUCACCCUCUUCACCGUCUCCACCGGGGAGGGCUGGCCAAUGGUCCUAAAGCAUUCUGUGGAUGCCACCUAUGAGGACCAGGGCCCCAGCCCAGGCUUCCGUAUGGAGACCUCUAUCUUCUAUGUGGUCUACUUUGUGGUCUUUCCCUUCUUCUUCGUCAACAUCUUUGUGGCUCUCAUCAUCAUCACCUUCCAGGAACAGGGAGACAAGGCCAUGUCAGAGUGUAGUCUGGAGAAGAACGAGAGAGCUUGUAUCGACUUUGCCAUCAAUGCCAAGCCUUUGACGCGCUACAUGCCAGCUGACAAGCAGUCGUUUCAGUAUAAGAUGUGGAAGUUUGUGGUGUCGCCACCCUUUGAGUACUCCAUCAUGACCAUGAUCGCACUCAACACUGUGGUGCUGAUGAUGAAGUUUCACGGUGCUCCGGAGCUGUACGAGGCCAUGCUGAAGUACCUGAACAUCGUGUUCACAGCUCUCUUCACACUGGAGUGCAUUCUGAAGAUCAUCGCUUUUGGACCACUGAAUUACCUGAAGGCAGCCUGGAACGUGUUUGACUUUGUGACAGUUUUAGGAAGUAUCACGGACAUCUUGGUCACAGAGAUUAAGACGGACAAGCUGAUCAACCUGAGUUUCCUGAGGCUUUUCAGGGCGGCCAGGCUCAUCAAGCUAUUGAGGCAGGGCUAUACCAUCCGCAUCCUGCUGUGGACCUUUGUCCAGUCCUUCAAGGCCCUACCUUACGUCUGCCUCCUCAUCGCUAUGCUCUUCUUCAUCUAUGCCAUCAUCGGCAUGCAGGUGUUUGGAAACAUUGAGCUGAAUGAGGAAUCGGCCAUCAACCACCACAACAACUUCCAGACAUUCUUUCAGUCUCUGAUGCUUCUGUUCAGGAGUGCAACAGGCGAGGCGUGGCAUGAGAUCAUGCUGUCGUGUCUGAGUAACCGUCCGUGUGAUAAACUGUCAGGGUCCGGAGGGAAGGAAUGUGGCAGUGAUUUUGCUUACUUCUACUUUGUCUCCUUCAUCUUCCUCUGCUCCUUCCUGAUGCUCAACCUUUUUGUGGCGGUCAUCAUGGACAACUUUGAGUACCUAACCAGAGAUGCCUCCAUCCUGGGGCCUCACCACCUGGACGAAUUUAUCCGCGUCUGGGCCGAGUACGACCCUGCAGCCUGUGGCCGUAUGACCUACCUUGAUAUGCACGAGAUGCUCCGCCACAUGUCCCCUCCGCUGGGUGUGGGAAAGAAAUGCCCGCCCAGAAUCGCCUAUAAGCGAUUGGUCAAAAUGAACAUGCCCAUCGCCGAUGACAAUACGGUGCACUUCACGUCCACGCUGAUGGCUCUCAUCCGCACCGCUCUGGAGAUCAAACUGGCAUCUGGGGUGCUGGCUCAGCGCCUGUGUGAUGCUGAUCUGAGGAAGGAGAUCUCCAGAGUCUGGCCUAACCUGCCUCAGAAGACUGUUGACCUGCUGGUCACACCAUAUAAAAAGCUGACAGUGGGGAAGGUCUAUGCUGCCCUCAUGAUCUUUGACUACUACAAGCAGAACCGGGCCAAGAGGCUGGAACAGCAACUGGGACUGGACUUCACAGGGACAAUUAAGAAUAAAAAGGGAGCAGCCUUCUUCCGCCCCAUGAUGCCCAUGACCCAUAUGCAAGAGGAGACGCCAAUCACCACUGCCAAGCCCCCGCCCCCCUCACAACCUGAACCAGAGCCUCAGCCAGAGCCCCCGCCCGUCACCACCUCUCUAACCAAUGGUGACACAGUACCAAGCCCUAGAAGUGCCAUUAAAGAGUCCAUAUCAGGAGAUCGGCUGUCUCAGGAGGGUCAGCUGUCCAGCAGUCGGACUGAGGACGUGUCCUACUCCAUCAAACCUCAAGAAGCAGUGGAGAUGAGGCAGGCGGAGAACGGUGCUGAUUCAGAGGGCUACUUUGGUCUGGAGGGCCAUGGCAGAGCAGCCUCCAUGCCUAGACUGGACUCCCAGUACUAUCGGAACCACCCUCGCCACCUACCUGGGACCUACCUGGCACCUAUCCCUGACAUCAGUCCUAUCAGGCGGUCGGCAUCCACGUUGGCUUCCCAGCGCCCCCAGGAGGUGAGUCUGAGGGACUACACCCUGGAGAGGCCUAGCCAAGCCCAGGCCCAGUCAUCUUCAGCUCCAGGCCAGGCCCAAGACAGGCCCUACCACCAUCACCAUCACCACCGCUGUCACAGACGCAGGGACAAGGACAGGGACAGGAAGCAGAAGUCACUCGACAGGGCAUCCAGCGUGCAGCCUUCUAGUAUAGCAGGUUUGCCUGCUGAACCUGCCAUGGAGGGCUUGUCCAGGGAGCGGGCGAGGGAGCGUGACCGAGGCAGGCCUCAGGAGAGGAGGCAUCACUCUGCUGCUGGGGAGAAGCAGCGCUACUACUCCUGUGAGCGCUACGGAGGCAGGGAGCACUACCACACCAAAUCAGCCGGCCCGAGCCGCUCCACCUCCCCUGGAGAGACCCAUGACCUAGGCCUCUUCAAGCAGAGUAUCGGCAUGGCUAAAGGCAGCCAAGUGGUCUUAACUUCAGCGUUCAGCACGACCUGCCGUGGGCGCAGACAGCUCCCCCAGACCCCCCUCACCCCCCGCCCCGCCGUGGCCUACAAGACCGCCAACUCCUCACCUGUGCAGUUUGGUGCCACGGGGCACAAGUCCAGUCUCAGCCGUGGCCUCUCGGAGCAUAGCGCCCUGCUGGAGUCACCCGCCAUGCCCGUCACCCACAUCGGCUCAGACCCCAACCUGAGCCCCCAGUCGCGGGGUGCCCCUCCACGCAGCCUCCCUGAGGAGCCUGAUGACUUCCAGGACGCUGUGAGCACCCAUGGAGGGGGAGGUGGACGCUCCCCCAGGACCUCUGCCUCAGCUUCCCAUGGGGCUACUGAGCCUUCCUCUGCACCUACCCCACAGGGCCGGGCUGGGGUCCCAAACGGGUACCACUUCACUCUGGGGGUCAACACCGGUUCGAGUUCCAGCACCAGAGGAACUGGGAGCUUCCAGGAGAAGGAAGAGGAUGACUGGUGUUAGCGUAGCUUAUAUCCCCCUUCACAUGUCUGAAAGCGUUUUAGCUUGAACGUUGAUGAACUCGCUCAUCUUUUGUACAGAUUACAGUACAGUGUUGAUAAUAUAUAAUAUAUGCCAUUUAGCAGACACUUUUAGCCAAAGCAUCUUACAGUCAUGCGUGCAUACAUUGUAUGUAUGGGUGGUCCCAGGACUCAAACCCACAACCCUGGCAUUGCAAGCACCAUGCUCUACCAACUGAGCUACAGAGGACCACAUGUCAGUUGAUGUCAGUUCCUGCGUGCUCAUAGGUGGCCAAUGGAGACAGGUAUAUUCCAAGAUGUGUUAAACAUACAGAAAGUACUCUGAAAAGGAAAACCAUUCUUAGGGAUGUUUUCUCUUUUCUUGGCAAAUGGCACUAAAGGACGAAGGACACCUGAUAUUACAUUUUAUCAAUUCCAUUCUUUCACUGAAAUGAAAGCUUUGAUGGUGUGCAGAGCACAUGUGAAAUCCCUGUGAAUAUUUAAAGCGCUGGUCAGUCAAAUAGUUUUAAUAGAUGAAAAAAAAGCCUAAAUGUCUUCCUACGGUCUUUGGAGGAAAACAACUAAGACUGUGAACUGUGUUUCUCUACAGCAUUGACCAGAUAAAAGCCUUUCUGUCCCCCUCUGUCCAGAUCUAAAAUGGGACUAUGUUCUAUUGCUGGCUAAAGGACAAAACACCAUGCCUACGAACGGUUAAAAGCAGCAGGUGGCUGUCCUGUCGCCAGAAUAACGGGCGCCAUUUUCUAUUAAUUUCUACGCGAUGAAUCGCCCCUGCUAGUUGACACCCAGCUGGUGAUCUACUGUGCAUGGGCCGACGUUCGUUAUGGUGUGUCUUGUCCUGUAGUGUGUCUGCUAGUACUGGAAGUAAUAUGAGUAGAACCAGGAGGAACAAGUGAUGAUAAUGAUGCACUACCACCCAAUCCCUUCCCUCUGUGCAGAAAAUCCUUUAGUAUCUCUUUAACUAUUUCUACACAAGAGCGUCGUUAGACUCCUGUUGGUACACUCUUAGAAAUAAAGUUUCCAAAAGGGGUUUUCGGCCCUUAGGAGAACCCUUUUAGGUUCCCUGUUGAACUCUCUGUGAAAAGGGUUCUAUACGGAACCCAAAAGGCUUCUACCUGAAAUCAAAAGGGUUUUACCUGGAACCAAAAAGGGUUCUCCUAUGAGAACAGACGUAUAACCCUUUUAGGUUCUAGAUAGCACAUUGUUUUCUAAGAGUUUAUUACCAGAAUCAUAUAUAGAGAGUUGAGCCAAUGCACUUUUUGCCACUUUCUCCUCUAUAGCCGUGGCUAAUUGAUAAUUGGCGUUGUGCAGACUUGCAUACACAUCAUUCCAAAUGCUAAUCAAUAGAAAUGUAUGUUAAAUUCGCUGCUCUUGUUUUGCUUGUUUACAGCGGGUCAUUUCUUAGGGAACUGUCAUAGGCGCUCUCGUAUUGUUACAUCACCAACAUUUCAAGAAUAGAGUUUUAUAUGGGUUCUAACAUGGCGGCUGUUCUAAAACCUGGCCUAAGUCCCUCUUUCUAUAACUCUGGGUAUUACAGUAAGAUGCAUUACGGAGAGUAUAUGGUUAAGUAUAGUAUUGCUGCUGUUUUCCCAUGUCACCUGUGACAUGUCGAACUAUUUCUGAACAACAACAAAAAACACAAAACACAGAAGGACCGAAGAUUCGAAUUGAUUUUUUAUGGAACUAUAACAUUAAAUGGAAUAUCUUUUCAUAAUGUUCAUUUUUUUGUAAGUUGUACCUAGAGUGCAAAUGAUAUGAGUGUGGUUGGGUAGGUCAACUAUUUUCUAACGUACUGCUCUAGUGGCUGAAUACCAAGUGCCUAUCAUUAAAUAUAUGUUAUUAUAGUUAUAAUGCAGCCUGACUUUUGUGAUGUAUCAACACUGGAGAGGGGAGGGUGGAACGUAUGUUAUAGGGUGUACGGUAUAGGAGGUAUACAUAGUCACUGUUAUGCAUAUGAGUAAAAAUGUAUAUAAUUGUAAAGCAAAGAGAGGUUUACUGAAUUCAAGGAAUACAGUAACGCUUUUUCGUUGGACCUCCAAUGAGGAAAAGAAUGCAUCAACACGUUUUUUUUUGUAAUGAUUAUGUAAAAUAGAGUUAUAAGUAGGUCAGAACUACAGAUCUAAAGCAAGCAAUGUAAUGCAUGCCAGGGUUUUGAACUUGUCGAAGUGGUGUUUACUUUGGCUUAAGGGUGUAGACAGAGCUUUUGCCUUUCUCUUCCAAAAAUAUACACUACUGCCAGAGUGGAAGGCAAAGUGGUUCCAAUGCGAAAAAGUGCCAUCUGUGAUUCCCUCCAACCAGGAAAGUUUCACUUUACUUGUUCUUAUUGAUAGAAACAAUAUAUUCAAGUAUCAUGUUUAUAAACACUUGCCUCAUAUCUCUCAUAUAUGAAGAGAAGUAGAUUACAUGUACAGUAUGCUUAUGAAUCUUUGCCCAUAUCUCAUGGGUUUGUUUUCUUCCAAAUAUAUUUAUCCUGAAGGCAGGGUCGUGUGAAGGCCUUCACUAACUGAUACAUAGCCUACAACUCUGUGUCUUCGCAGGUAUUGAAGGGUUGCGUUGACAGUUGACUCUUUCAAGUAGGACUAUGCAACAAGAUGACACUUUUGAACUGACUCUCACUUGCCCUGUAACUUUACCCUCUGGGUUCUCCAGAUUCAGGCUUUAGCACGAUUCUGACCAAAUUUCACUUUGGAUAUAUUUACAAAGAGUUGUAAAAAUGCAAAUGUAGUAUAUAAUGUACAUUGAAAAUGCAUUGACAAAAUGCACAAUUAUUAACAAUUGAAUUAUGUCAAACAGGACAUUUUGAGUUCAGCAAGUCUAUUGCGUGUAGCCUGAUACAACCACCCAGAUGUAAACAUGUGUUUGUUUUUAUUGUACGGAAUCAGAAAUCACAUUUAUUUUGAUCUAUUUUGUUUUCUAGCGUCAGAUGUAUUGCGCAAUCUAUUUGAUGGAUCGUCAAAAGGUGAAGUACUAGACUUUGAAUCGAAGACUUUACAUUUGAACAUGGCUAUUUAUAGGGGAAGGUACAGUAGCAUUGUAGAUUGCAAGACUCUUCCUUAGCCUCUAAAAGCCACUUUAUGGUGCCCUAGUUGAGGAGAAAGCAGUGUGCACCCCUAGAUCUGUGACCAUAUCCUUUAUUUUUUUCAACCUCACCCAACCCACCCCAACCCCCCGUUAAUUAGAGUGCCAAUUUUAAAACCAGUUUGUCUCUGCAUACCUCAUCCAGAUUUCCUGUGGCGAUAUUCCCUGGACAUGUCAUGUUUGCAUGUUAUGAAAAGUAUGUGCAUGUGCAAAAAUAAUAAUAUUUUUUUUAUACAAUCUAUUCACUGGUUGUAUUUUCUGAAGAUCUUUAAAUCAUAUGUUUUUGUUUCUGGAAAGACAAAAGAGCUUAAAUAUCAACAUUUAAACAAAAGUAUUGAACUAUAUUUGAGGAAGGAUUAUUUUCUGAGGUUCUGGAGCAACUGGGUCCUUUACUGUCGAAUAUGUUAUAUGACUGUCAAUCCUACAGUCAUGUAUACCAUUACAUUUUGUAUGAAUUGAAGACCUUGAAUAAAGAUAUACGAAAAUG